CUAGGUUUUCCUCAGUGGUCGCACGCGCUGGCUCGCUGAAGGAGACACGAGCGGACGCACGAGGCAGCUGGAGUGGAUUAGACGCAGUUUUACCGGGAGACGCGCGUGCCAUUACGCACCAGGCAGCAGCGACUGAAGUGCCGACAGAGGCGCGUCAUCGUCCUGAUUAUUAUUGUUGUUCUUAUCAAUAAUAUUAUUAUUGAUAUUAUUAUUGAUACUGUUGGUAUGAAUGUGCGCGGGCUCCGGACGCCGGCAGUCCUCUGAGCUACAGCACCGAGCACCGGGAAAGUUGGAGUGAGGCGCGCGGACGGAGUGCGAGCAGCAGCGGGGAGAGUCUCUUCAUGGACCGGAUACACCGGGCCGGAACAUGCGGUCCUUAACGGACUCUGGUCCCUCCGCGCUGCUCUGAGUCCACCGAGGGGCUCCGGGCGCCCCGUCACACCGACCCCAGCUCCUCCAGCAUGUCGGCGGCACUUCCUCCGGUUCGCAGCGCAGAGAGGGAGUGAGAGACACCGGGAGACAGCGGGAGAGAGAGCCGGACCGGACCGGACCGGACCGCCUGUGUUCCGCCUUCAGGACCUGUCGGAUUACCGCCGAGAUGAUCCUCGUCAGCACCCUUACUCUGGUGUUUGUGUUGGAUGUGUGUGUGUGUGACUCGGAGCUGGGCGCCCCGGGCUGGAGGGAACCUCUGGACUGCGUCCGGGCCUCUGAACUGUGCAACCAGAACAGCCAGUGCAGCUCACGUUACCGGAUCAUGCGCCAGUGUCUCUCCGGCGGGGACAAGGAGCGCAGCGCCAUGCUGGCGUCCAAGGAGUGCCAGGGAGCGCUGGAGGUGCUGCAGGACUCGCCGCUGUACGACUGCCGCUGCAAGAGAGGCAUGAAGAAGGAGCUGCAGUGUCUGCAGAACUACUGGAGCAUCCACAUGGGUCUGACGGAGGGGGAAGAGUUUUACGAGACGUCUCCCUACGAGCCGAUCCACUUCUCAGAGGAGUUCCGACAUGCCUCCAUCAUCUCAGAUUCGUCGCUGUCGAAGAUGAGCCCCUGCUCCGAGGCGGGGAAACCCUGUAACCCCUGUCUGGACGCGGCCAAGGCGUGUAACCUCAACGAGACGUGUAAACGCCUCCGGUCGGCCUACAACUCGAUCUGCAGCAAGGCCACGCCCCCUCAGCCCUCUGUGGCCAAUCAGGAGCCGUGUAGUCGGAAAAGAUGUCAGAAGGCCCUGCGUCAGUUCUUCGAGCGGGUCUCAUGGGAGCUGAGUUACCCGCUGCUGUUCUGCUCGUGCCCGGACCAGGCGUGCGCCGAGCGCCGCCGCCGCACCAUCGUCCCCUCCUGCUCGCACCAGGAGAGGCACAAACCCAGCUGCCUGGAGCUGCGACGUACCUGCCGCUCCGACGCUCUCUGCAGGUCUCGACUGGCUGAUUUCCACAUGAACUGCCAGAUGACGUCUCACACCGUCACCAGCUGCCCUCAUGACAACUACCACGGCUGCCUGAUGUCCUACGUCGGCCUCCUCGGCUCUGAUGUGACACCUAACUACAGUGACAGCAGUCCCUCCAACAUCACCAUCAGCCUGUGGUGUACCUGCAGGGCCACUGGCGGUCAGGAGCCCGAGUGUGAAGCGUUCCACAGGGACUUCACACACAACACCUGCCUCAGAAAUGCCAUCCAGUCGUUCGGUUACGGCUCGGAGGGAGGGACUCUUCUCGUGACCGAGCCGGCGUCCACCUUCUUACCUCCCGCCCAGCCGCCAAUCAUCUCCAAACCUGCUCCCUCUCUGCACGGCAACGCAAUCAAGCCCAUGGACAGCGCUUGCAUGUUUUCCACUUGUGCAAACCUGCAGGACGGAGGGCAGAAGUGCGUCCCCUCUGAUGAGUUUGAGUGCGAGGAGGCUCUGUUGGCUCAGGGGUCAAUAGACUCUCAGGACUCUGCCGGGCCGAAGAGCAGCAGCCGGCACUCAGCUCCACUCCUGCAGCACAUCUCUGUGACUGUGUGUGUGUUCGUCCUGCCAACGUUUCUACUCUUCUUCUCAUAAACAUGAACCCACACACACAUACAUACUACACACACACACACACACACACACAAACACACACACAAACACACACACUCAUAAAUGGCAAGACCCAGAGAAAGUCACAUGACUCGACGCCCUCUGCUGCGGGAAAAUGUCAACCAGCAGACAUCCGGUCGGCGGCGGCUGUCGUGGGAGGGAAAGUGUUGCAGAGGACGUUCAGAUCAGCCGCACACACACGGACGGCGAGCAAGAGGACGGGAAGAAGAAACCGGACUUUGUGUGAGAGACAAAACAACAAAGGCGGAGACAGACGGACCGUUGGGACUCUGGAUCACAGCGACUUCACUUCCCAUGCUCUCUGUCUGGAGGGUUUGUGUGCUGUUUGUUCGGCGCCGGCUCUGACUCACUCCCUCCGGCUCUGUUGGAUCCGAGACAGCUGGGCUGAAAACACACACGGACUCUGGCUCCAGAACAAAACCACACACACACACACACACACACACACACACACACAAACACACACAAGCAGACUUAAAAUCGCGGCAUGAAAGAGAGACGUCAGGACAGAUGGGUCGAUCCUUCCAUCACUCCUCUGGACUGGCAACAAGUCCAUACUACAUACACACACACACACACACACACACACACACACACACACACACACACACACACACACACACACACACACACACCUUCCUCCUUGUCAGCGGGCAAACAGGGUCGCCUCACGGACACAAACACUCAUGCUGUACACCAGUGUGCUUUCUGCGGGUCUUUAUCUUGAUUUUUGUUGUCGACAUUCUGUUAACAAAAAAACAAAAAAAACAAAAAAACAAACUUCAUCUAAUGUGGAAAAAAAGUCCAACAGAGUCUCAGCAGGAGAGAGUGUAUAUUUCACAUACUGUCAGUGUGUAGUUGUGUGAGUGCAGGUGUGUGUGUUUGUCUUUCUUUAUGUGUGUGUGUGUGUGUUCUGAAAGGUGUGUGUGUGUGAGUGUGUGUGUCUGCAGUAAAGAGUGACUGUAAGGAUUUAAAUCUUAUGAGAAACUGAAAACCAACACGUGAAGCUGUUUCACGACUGAACACUCAGCGUUGACAUUUAAAUACCAGCGAGCUGACGGAGCUGCUGUUUGUGAGAGCGGUUUGAAAAUCCUCAUGUCUGGAUUCAUGUGGUUUAAAUCACCAUGUUCGAGGUCUGCAGAGGGUCAUUUUCAGGAGCAAUUUGUAGAAAUUCAACUUAAAGUCUCACAGAAACAUAAAAGAACACUUUGACUUCUCAAAUUAUAUGUUGUAUGAGCCGCUAUAUAAGAAAUUCAGAGAAAAUGAAAAGAGAGAAAAGGGAGUUGUUCUGAAAGUUCUCAGGAGGGAGUCGAGCAGUGUUCAUGGUUCAUGGUUCAUCUUAGACUCGAGUUAAAGUUUGGAUUUCACUGUUUUACAUCAUUAUACGAUGCAAACACAGUAAAGUCUGUAAAAGGAACAGUGCUGGAUUCUUUCGACUCGGUCUAGUCUGUGCAGAAACUUCACGUCUGAAACAAAAAACCACUGCAGCUUUAUCCAGAAUCCGUCGUAGUGACCGAGCUCAUAUCCAGAGAUUAUUAAACUGAGACAAACACCAGAAUACAUGUUAGCUACGUACAUUUCUGCAGAACCACAGAUAAGUUCACGCUAGACGUUUGUUCUCUCAUCACGACUCGUUCAGGAACAAAAAACACUUGGUUAGGGUCAGAAAACGUCAUGGUUUGGAUUUAAAUACCUGUUUUGGUCGCCACAGUCACAGAUGGAGAUGGUCCGACUUCCCUGAAACGUCCACAGCUCCUCUUAAAAAUCAUCAGACUCACAGAUGGAAAUGUCUCCAGGUGACUGGUCCUCUGAUUGGCUGCCCUGCUGCGACAGGUGGCUAAUGAUCAUACAAUGAAAACAUGAUGUGACACAUUUAGUACAAAAUUUGGACUGGCUAAAAGUUCACAUGUGCUGAAUUAGCAUUUGGUUUCCUCAGUCAUCGUCUAUCGAUGUGAGUCUACUGAGCCGACGAGAGGACGCGCAGAUGAACUGGAAUAUCGCUGAACUUCUGUUGGAUGAAAUCACUCAGAUGGUCAAAGAAGAAGCUCAAGAUCUGUUUGUUGCAGCAUUCUUGAAAUAAAUUAAUUAGCUUCAUUUUUUCCCAUGGCAAGUUGGAUAAUGUCCUUCAGGAUGUCCAUGUUCAGUCCAUAUUUUAGAGAGCAGGCGGUAAAUUGGGGUUCUGUUUUGGUUCUUCACAGUGAGGUGUUCAGUUCCUCGUAACGUUCAAAUAUUUACGUCCUCUUUGCUUCUAUAUGUGUUAACCUGUGUGUGUGUGUGUGUGUGUGUGUGUGUGUGUGUGUGUUCUUUACCUCUGGCCACUCUGUGGGGUAUUUUUUAUGUUUCAUAGAAGCUGUCAGGUUGUGGAACACCAGCAGCGGUUCUGGUGUUGGUUGCGGUGGCCACCAGGUCUGGAGGUGUCUGGAGCGGGUCGCCGCCUCCUGCCCUCCGUCAGCUGGAGGGAAGAGAGGGAUCAGUUUCUGUGACUCUGGUGUGGCCUUACUUUACUGUUCUUUCUUACGUGCUUGAAAGUGGGAGAAUGAUUGUUAUCGCCCCGCCAGCGGCCGAGAAAACCCGGUAAAGAUCCAAACUAGCCCGACUGCCACUGGAUUAGGCGUGAGUAUGCAUCGUCUCCAGAGGAUGAACCAUUCACAUUUAGGACGGUCACUCCUCAGAAUAUUUAAAUCUCGUCUCGUCAUGUUGGAAUCUGGCAUCUGUUUUGCAUCUGGAGAAGUUUUCCUGAUUAAUUACCAGUUUUUAUUAUUACUGAAUUAUGUUUUCAGUGUUACAGAGGACACAUCCAAAAUUAGUUUAUCUCCAAUAUAUUUUCUUUUUGGCAGUAAAUAUUAGAAAAUUUAAAGACGUUCAACUUAAGAUAUUUAUCCAAACUUAUCCAAGUUUGUUUAAUUCAGGUUCUACUUAAAGAUGCAUGUUUAUUUGAAAGAAACACGCCAGUAUCAUCAGCAAACUGUAUCCAGAACAAAUGAACAUUCAGUGACUACAGUCAACAUUAGAUCAGAUAAUUUGUGCCAAAUCAAAACUCAAUUUAGUUUGUCAGCCAUCUGCCAGUCUGUCCAUUCGAGGCCAUAACAUGAUAAUGAACCAAACAUUAUGAUCGGUCAUUGAUAACCACCAUCCUCAGGCGAUGUGACAGUCUGUACGUGCCGCUGACGGGGCUUUACACUGUACGAUGAUGAGGAGGGAAAGAGGAAGGAGUGGGCGGAGGAGGAGGAGGACGGUGAGAGAGAGGUUGUAAAUUUGCUGAUAUAUUUGUAAAGUUUUAAUGGCGCUACAGCGGUGUAACUGAAAUAUGUGUCUGGAGAUCUAAAUAAAAGUAACAUCUGUAACAACA